AUGUGUCGAUCAAUUUCAAGUGAACGACCUUUGACAGAUUAUAUUGCAACUCGUUGGUAUCGAGCACCUGAAUGUAUUCUAACUAAAGGAUAUUAUGAACAAUCAGUAGAUAUCUGGUCAACUGGAUGUGUUAUGUUCGAAAUUCUAACAUUGAAACCACUUUUUGUCGGAAAAACUGAACUAGAUUUAAUCAAUAAAAUUCAUACAGUGCUUGGAACACCUUCAAUGGAAAUGCUAAAAAAAUUCGAGCAACAUCGAAAUCAUCAAAUUAAUUUUAACUUUCCUCCUCAGAAAGGUAUUGGCUUUUGUCAAUAUUUAACUGUUUGUUCGAUAGAUACACUUGAUCUUCUUAUUCAAAUGUUAAUAUAUGAUCCUCAAAAUCGUAUUUCAGCAUCUAACGCUCUUAAACAUCCAUAUUUCGAUCAUCUCAGAACUAUUGAAGUUGAUACAAAAAAUGUUCUAUCUAUAAGAGAUAUACCAAUAGUCGAAACAAAUAAUGACGAUUUUGUCCCUGAAAAAUUGUCAACUGUCGAAAAAGAAUCGUCUGCAUCGAAUUUAUCAGAAGGCAAGAAAAAUCUAUCAAUAGAAGUGUUUUGGGAAAAGUUAUCAGGCAAUGCAUUGUAUUAUUUUAAUGUGAUCGAGCGGCUCUUUACAUUGGCUCAAAAGAUUGAUAUCUAUCAAAACAUGACUUUUAUGUGUGGAAAAUCGAUUUCAAACCAAGUAUGGCUAACUUUUGUGUUUGCACAGAUAAAUAUGAAAAAAAUUCAAAUGAAUUUAGAAUCAAUGUUGACUUAUAUCAAGACAAUGUUGAACAUACUUGUCAAAGUUCCUACAUGGAAAUUAACAACUCAAUUGCUUACAAGUGUACUGCGAAAUUUAAAGAGAAAUGGAGAAAAUUGUUUAAUAUUAAUUAAUGAAUUACAAAAUAAAUGUGAUAAUGUAACAAAGCAAAUUAAUGAAAUAAUUCCGAUUGUAGCAGAUCAUUUACUAAAUGCAAAUGCAAAAACAACUGAAUUUCAUGUGAGACAUUCCAUAGAAGUUGUAUCUUCUUUUAUUUGGACUAUUAUUGGUAGUAUGAUUAAAAUUGCUGAAAUCGUAGUUCUCAAUAACAAAAUGAUUUCUCUUACGAAUGAAAAAUCGAUUAAAGAUAAUUCGUCCAAUGAACUUUUGUUAAAUAUUCAGCAUGUUGAUUCAAACAAUCACAUCCGA